AUGUCAAAGUGGUCGUUCUACCGGGGGGACAGUGAGGUGUUUGGCGAGGCCAAUGAGUCGAGUGAGGUGGUUUCUCCCUGUGGCUACAUUGUGCAUAUUCCGCCGCCCGAGUCAGGGCCGAGUCUACCUGCAAUCGCCACCGAUAUUGCCUCCGUCACGCUUCCAACCGUUCGGGUCGCGCCCGACGUCACGCAAAAGAUGGUGACAUGGUACGAGGUGCUUGUCCGCUCCACAACGCACCAGUGGAGCGUCCUGAAGCGCUUUUCUGAGUUUUUUGAUCUUUACAAGGCGAUGGAGAAGGUGACUCUUGCGCAGGUUGCGAAGCAGCAGUUGGAGCAGUCCUUAAUCUCGCCGCCAUCUCGCCUGUUUUCAAUGUCAGGGCGCCAACAGCAACUGGAAAAGUUUGUACAGUCACUUUUGCAGACGUUGAAGGAUCUGUCGGUGCGUUGUCUUUGCGCCGACAAUUCGGAGCCGGGGCGGGAGCGGGAGCAGGAGCAGGAGGGGAGUGCCUGGCGACUGACGACAUCGGCGGUGACACGUGUUGCCUUUUCAGCCUUCAUUCGUUUUCUCACCACCACCUCGUACGAUGCCUCGCUGGAGGGUGCGGUGGCCGAAGGAUGUGGUGCCACGGCUCAGCUGAUAGACAAGGUGGUUGCUGACUGUAUUACGAUAAACGAGCGGACGUAUGUGCCGCCAGCCAAAAUUAUGCACGUGCCGAAUCAAGUCUUUACUAUUAUGCUGCAGCUUCCUGGCGCUUGUAUGUCUACUGUAUUUGUGAACUCCGCGGAAGACUCGCGAGAGGUUGUCGUUGGGGGCUCAUGGAAUGACCGCAUCACAGGACCCGGUUCCGUCUAUGGCGAGACACCAGACACGCUGCAGGGCGGCACCUCUCUCCCCUCAAGCGCCGGUACGGUGGAGGUUAACGGCUCGCACGUGGCGGUGGACGUGUCUUUUUCGGCCAAAGUAUUGGUUGACACCUUUCCAGUGGGUGAUUUCCAGAUGGAAUUUGAGGUGCCGCCGCCUUUUGCCGUUGAUGAGUGGCGCAGUCAGUACGCGGGGGGCAUUUUGUUUCUCACCUGGCAGUACGGCUGCCCCGGCCGCUGCUCUUCAGUGGAGAACGUGUGA